AACCAGAGUCACCAGAGGUUUCCUUGGAACCUGAAGAAUCAGUGUCUCCAGAGGUUCCAGAAGAAGAAGCUGCUUCAGAGGGACUAGAAGAUCACUACAACAAUGUCCUUCCAAUUCCAGAAGAGGAUAAUGCCCAUCUGAAGCUUACAUCUGAAUGCCAGUCCUCUGAAGACACAGCAGAGAACACAGUGGAGGAGGUCCAGCCAUGGGGGAGCCCUGAUGACCUACCUGAGGAACUCCCUGAGGAGGUCCCUGAGCAUGCAGACACAGAGCAGCAGGUGCAAUGCACCCCGCUGGACCAUCAGUACUCCAGUGGAGACUACUGCCACGGGGUUAAAGACAGCAGCAUGAGACAGGGCAAAGAGGAGGAGGAAGAUGAGGAGGAAGAGGAGGAGGGCUUCUACCAGGACAGCCCCACCUCCCUGAGCCUCUGCAGCCAAGACUCCCACACGGAGAUGGUCCUCAGAGAGAAGCUCUCCACUCCAGAGCACCCAGAGGAAGAAGAGCAGCAGAAUGAGCAGGGACCAGAGGUGCUAGAAGACUCCAACAAGAGCUCACCUGCUACAGUGGUCAUCGAGGUCCACUCGGACGAUGAAGAGGAGGAGGACGCCGGUUCUGAGGGGUCAGGGGUCACUGAGGGGUCAGGGGUCACAGAGGGGUCAGGGAUCACUGAUGACUCGGACGACUGGGACAUGACUCGAGGAAACCUGCUUCUGCUGGAGCAGGCCAUUGCUCUGAAGGCAGAGGAGGUAAAGGGAACACAGGGACACAGUGGACUCACUGUCCCCCAAGGCCCACGCAGGAUUCCCCACCACAGCAAAGAUAAGAAAGAGGUGAAGUGUCCGACACCAGGCUGUGAUGGGACGGGUCAUGUGACAGGCCUGUACCCACACCACCGCAGUCUGUCGGGUUGUCCGCACAAAGACAGGAUCCCUCCGGAGAUUCUGGCCAUGCAUGAAAACGUCCUCAAGUGUCCCACCCCAGGAUGCACAGGACAGGGACACGUCAACAGUAACCGCAACACUCACCGCAGUCUGUCCGGCUGUCCCAUCGCUGCGGCCAAGAAGCUGAACCGCAGUGUGAGUCAGGACAAGCCCAUGCCCUCCUCCAGCGACCUGUCCAACUCCGACCGCGUACUCAGGCCCAUGUGUUUUGUAAAGCAGCUGGAGAUCCCUCAGUUUGGCAGCUACCGGCCCAGCACUGCCACACCCACGCCCCGAGCCAACCUGGCAAAGGAGCUGGAGAAGUACUCCAAGGUCUCCUUCGACUAUGCAAGCUUUGACGUUCAAGUGUUCGGCAAGAGGACCCUCAUCCCCAAAGCUCCAGGCCCCAGCACAGACAGCUCACCCAAAGCCUUCAAGAGUAAAGUGUUCCCCAAGCCCCCGUCCCCCAGCCCCUCAGCCUCAACUGGGUACACUUCUGUUGCCGGGUACUCCUCCACGGGUAAUCCCUCCUCAGAGUACGACUACAGUCAGGACGCAGAGGCAGCUCACAUGGCAGCCACCGCCAUCCUCAACCUGUCCACACGCUGUUGGGAGAGUGGGCAACCGCACCCACAACCACCGCACCCACCUCACCAGCCACACCCGCCUCAACCUCCCACCGCCAAGGACUCUGGCAUUGAAGUGGAUGAAAACGGUACACUGGACUUAAGCAUGAAGAAGAAGAAGGAGGAGCAGGCGGCCCCGGAGACCCCCCACCCCCCCUCCUCUGUCACACCCACCCCUCUCACGCCCUCCUCCCUCCCCCCCUCCUCACAGCUCGACUGGUCCGAGCCUCUGGACUGCAGCACCACCAGCGGGGUGAAAGAGGAGGAGGGCGAGGAGGACGAGUACGUGGUGCGCUCAUACAGCUCAUCCGACGCAGACGAGGAUGACCAGGAUGCGCUGGAGGACAGGAGAUACCCCGGAGAGGUGACCAGCAGCUGCUUCAAGCUCAAGCUGCAGAGCAAGGACAGCCGCAAGGAGACGCUAGUAUGUCCCACUCCGGGCUGUGAUGGGAGUGGACACAUCACCGGGAACUAUGCGUCACACAGGAGUCUUUCUGGGUGCCCUCUGGCUGAUAAGUCUCUGCGGACCCUCAUGGCGGCACACACGGUCGAGCUGAAGUGCCCCACGCCCGGCUGCGACGGCUCAGGACACAUCACCGGGAACUAUGCCUCCCAUCGAAGUCUAUCAGGGUGUCCACGAGCCAAGAAAGGAGGGAUCAAAUCCACCCCGACCCGAGAUGAGAAGGAGGACUCCGAGCUCAUAAGGUGUCCUGUCCCGGGCUGUGACAGUAUGGGCCACAUCAGUGGGAAGUAUGCCACUCACCGCAGUGCGUACGGCUGCCCCCUGGCGGCUCGGAGGCAGAAGGAGGGUCUGCUGAACGGGAUGCCCUUCUCCUGGAAGGCCUUCAAGAGCGAAGGGCCAACCUGCCCCACCCCGGGCUGUGACGGCUCCGGACACGCCAACGGGAGCUUCCUCACACACCGCAGUUUGUCGGGCUGCCCUCGAGCCUCAGCCAAUAAGAAGAGAGCCAAGCUGCAGGGAGACGACUUCAUGACGGCCAAGUUCAGAGCCAGCGAUGUGCUGGACAACGAUGAGGAUAUCAAGCAACUGAACAAAGAAAUCACCGAGCUCAAUGAGUCCAACUGUGAGAUGGAGGCAGACAUGGUCAACCUACACACUCAGAUCUCCACAAUGGAGAGGAGCCUGAAGAACAUGGAGGAGGAGAACAAGCAGAUUGAGGAGAACAACCAGGCCCUGUACCUGGAGCUGUCAGGCCUGAGCCGGGCCCUCAUCCACAGUCUGGCCAACAUCAGGCUGCCCUCUCUGGAGCCUCUUUCGGAGGAGAACUUUGAGCGUUACGUGGACACGCUCACAGACAUGUUCUCCAACAGAGAGUGCUACCAGAACCCGGAGAACCGCGCCCUACUCGAGUCCAUCAACCAGGCUGUCAAAGGCAUCGCUGUGUGAGGCCAGAGACCGCCCCAACCAGCCUGGAGUUCUCCCUCAAUAUAAUCUCACCUCUCCUCCCUCACUCCUCUAUCUGAUCUCUCUUUUGUCACUCCUUUGUUCCUUUAUCACUUCUCCUUUUUCCUUAAACUCACUUUUUCUCC